AUGGGGGAGAGAGAAAAAAAAAGAAGCAAAACAGAUCGUUACAUCACUAUCCUUCACAAUACGAAUAACCAACCAACUGCGCCUUUUCAUCAAGGUAUCCAAAUACUUCGCUCUUCACUCUCAUCUACCUAUCUAUUAGCAAAUCAAUCAAAUCAACUAAUCAAUAUCAACUGCGCCUUUUCAUAA